CAUUGGUCCUGACAGGAGGGUGUGUUUACGUACACGUCAUACAGCUCCGCGGAAAGGAUUGAGGGAAUAAAAUAAAAAUGUUCCAUGGAAUACCGGUGUCAGGGAGCAUGGGAGGAGGAGCUCCAGCCAACAAGCCUGAGUUGUAUGAGGAGGUGAAAUUGUACAAAAACGCCCGAGAAAGAGAAAAAUACGACAACAUGGCUGAGUUGUUUGCUGUGGUCAAGACCCUUCAGGCCCUGGAGAAAGCUUAUAUCAAAGACUGCGUCACUCCCAAUGAGUACACGGCCUCCUGUUACAGGCUGCUGGAGCAGUACAAAGCGGCGUUCAGGCAGGUUCAGGGUUCCGACGUGGGCUCCAUCGAUGACUUCUGCCGCAAGUACAGACUUGAUUGCCCGCUCGCCAUGGAAAGAAUCAAGGAGGAUCGUCCAAUCACCAUCAAGGACGACAAGGGCAACUUGAACCGCUGCAUCGCCGACAUCGUUUCUCUAUUUAUCACUGUCAUGGACAAGCUGAGGCUGGAAAUCAGAGCCAUGGAUGAGAUCCAACCAGAUCUACGCGAGCUGAUGGAAACCAUGAACCGAAUGAGCAACAUGCCGCCCGACUCGGAGGCCAAAGACAAAGUCAAGCUCUGGUUGAACACCCUCAGCAGCAUGUCGGCGUCGGACGAGCUGGACGACAGUCAAGUGCGGCAGAUGCUCUUCGACCUGGAGUCGGCUUACAACGCCUUCAACCGUUUCUUGCACUCCUCUUGAGCCAAUGGCGUUUGUCGCUGUGUGUCACGUGACUUUUUUCCAUGUAUUUCUUUUGUUUUCUCCCUUUAACAAUAUAAUUGUGUCAACAGAAUGACUGGGAAAUGACUUUAUAUUAAUAACAAGACUUUAUAUCCUAUUCAAACCUGGGAUUAGAUUACGAUUAAUUCAUGUAUAGUAUGUCGGAUUUCUCACCGUUGUUAAGUAAUCAGUUUAGGGAGUACAGUAUAUAUUUAUUGAACCGUAUCGUUUGUAUAUACAAAUGUUUGGAUGAUGGCAUCCGAAACAAUACUUUCUUUUUAAAAAUAAAAACUGAAAUAUACCUCAAAAAACAUGUCUG